CGAUGAUUGCUGGUGAUAAUUUUAGAAGCCGUCGCCAACCAUAACCAUAAUUUUGCAAUUACAGUACCGUCAAGUCGGUACUUUUCGAUUUUUCUUUCAAAAAAAAAAAAAAAAGACGAGUUGGAUGAGUUCGGGUGGUCUCGGUGGCCAUCCGAAAUUCUACGUAUUUUCUUACAAAUAACACUGCCAACUACAGUCUUUUACAAAAAUAUUACGUUAUAAGCAACUUUAACGUUAAAAAUUCGACACCACAAUAAAACCAGUUAUUUUCACACGCAUCUAUUACGUAACGCAACGUAGCGUGCAACGCUCGAACUUCCAGUCUAGUUCGCGUCGUGUUGCGCUACGUCGCACUUAAAACCGCGUCAACUUUAAUCCAAAAACGGUCUUUACAAUGGACAAGAAAACCUCAAACAAUGCACGCACCAAACACCCGAACACCGGGCGUUCCAAACAAGUGAAACUCCUCAAUAAAUUGUCCACAUUCGAACCACUACGCACAGAUUUCGAAACCAUCGAGCUCGAACUAGAGAACCAAAAUCUGCGAAAGAUGAUCACCUUGGUUGAAGGCAAAAACAAAGUCUUGGAGGAGCACUGCAGUUUGCUCAAGGAGAAAAACCUCUAUUUCGAGACGAGAUUACGCGAUUUGGAGGUAGAAAGAAAGAGGAAAUCGGACAAGAACGAGUCAGACGAAGACGGAGAGCAGGAGUCUGAAAAAGACGACGAGGAAAAAAAAGCGACGUCGUCGAAAGACAGGAUCAGCGGGGUGUUGUUUGGGGUCGCGUUGCCAAAAAUUGGAACUUUUUUUUCGAAAAUUCGGGAAAAAAGGCGCGAAAUUAAAGAUUUUAUAGAGGAGAAUGGGCCAGAAGGGGCUGGUGCACACUGUCCUAUGGGUAAAGCGGACUUCAAAGACAAAAUUCAAGCUCUAAAGGUCAAUCUAUUCCGUGUAGUGAUAGUUCUAGGAUCUUUGAUGGUCCUGUCUGGAGUGGGUUAUGCUGGGUACAGAAUUUGGAAAACGAGAUACCGAAACCCUAGUUACCUAGUUCCUUCUGACGACGACGAAGACAGCGCCGAAGAGCUUUUCCGAGCACCAGGGGCAUCCCGGGGCAACGACACCAUCAUGAAAACAAACUCAACCGACAGUUUUGAAGCCCCCGGUAUCAGCACAGACUUCAGAAGUAUACUAGACACAGCAAACAAAAAAUAGAAUCUAUUUAAGCCAAAUAAUUAUUUUUUCAUUGUGGACGUGGUAAUAAAAAUAAAUUAUUAA